AUGUUUUAUCUGUUGGACCUGGCGGUGGCGCGAGGCGUGGUAACAACAUGCCUUAGCCCUUGUACCCGUCCUGGUUCCGCUGGCAGCAAAUCCGCCUCUGGGCGUGAUAGCGUGGUUACGGAGCUGGACGAGCAGGGCCGCGAGGUCGGAGUCACCGGACCCGAUCCCUCCAGACCCAAGGGCAAUAUCUGGCACCAGCAGACGGUGGAUGGCGCCAUGAGCAGCGAGGGGACCACUGCCGCCUCCAGGGGGAAGGGGGAGGAGGGGGGGGAGGGGGGCUCCCUGGACCGCCGCAGCCCCGGGGGCCCCACAGCGGAGGAGCUCGACCCCCUGAGGCCCGCCGGCCCGGGGGGCAGCAAAAGUGUGGGCGCGGGUGGCCCGGGCGCCUACGUGGCUGAGCGGCUUAAGGAGGUGGCUGCGGGGGCCUGGGACACCCUCAAGCACGGAGUCAACAAUCCCGGUCAGCCGCAGGUGAUGGAGGAGCUCAAGCGCACCUCCCCCCAGGACUUCGAGGCGCUGACUAAUCCCCGGGGGGCGGCUACUGCCAGACAGAAGCAGCAGCAGCAGCAGCGGGAGGACGGCAGUGAGAAGGACGGCAGUAGCCGCGGCGGCGAGCCGUAA